CAACGGAAAAGCCUCGCCACCAGGAUGCACGAAGUGACGGAGAUCCGGAUCAAAUACCCCAACAAGAUCCCGGUGGUUGUGGAACGUUACCAGAAGGAGAAGACCUUGCCCCCUUUGAACAGGACCAAAUUUCUGGUGUCCCAGGACCUGCCGCUCUCCCAGUUUGCCGUCACCCUACGGACGCGGCUCUGCUUGGGCUCCUCCCAGACCUUCUACCUGCUGGUGAACAACAAAGGCUUGCCCAACAUGGCCAUCACCAUGCAAGAGCUCUACCGUGACAACAAGGACGAGGACGGCUUUCUCUACCUGACCUACGCUUCCCAGGAGAUGUUUGGCAGCUCUUCCUCCACCACCGCGGCCGCUCAUCCGAUGCCACCGAGAUCGAGGACCCACCUCUCCCAUCUUGGCUUCCAGCCUACGGGGAGCCCCAAAUGGUGGUUGCACCCAACCUCACCUUCUCUCCGGCCGCGGUUUGAUGGGUUCGGCAUC